UCGGCAUAUCUCCUGGGCAGCAUCCCGUUCGCUUACCUGGUGGCGCGACUCAAGGGCGUGGAUAUCUUCGCCACCGGAAGCCGCCGGGCUGGCGCCGCCAACGUUUUUUGGCACGUGGGCCGCUACCGUGGGAUGCUGGUUUUCGCCGGCGAUGUAAUCAAAGGUUCCGUCGCAGUUACGAUGGCCCAAAUGCUGGGUGGCCCCGAGUUGAUCGGUAUGUUGGCCGGCGUGGCAGCCAUCGCCGGGCAUUGGAAGAGCGUAUUCACCGGCUUCAGGGGCGGCGAUGGAAUGGUGGUGCUGGUAGGCGUCUCGUUCGCUUACCUGGGCUGGUACAUGCUGGUCGGCUGCGCCGUGGGUUUCGCGUCGGUACUGGUGUUCCGGCGCUCCGCUUUCCGCUCGUCGGUGGGCAUCUUCCUCGGUUUCGGUACCAUGCUGGCCUUCAACACCGUCCGCGGUAUCGAUUGGUCCGUGAUGCUGGGACUGACCGCACUGGCAAUGGUGGUGAUUACGCACAACGUCUUGACCAACGCCGACCACGUACCCACCGCGGAAACCACCAUGCAGAUUGGCGAAUUGCUGAUCGAAGACACCCCGGCAAUCCUCAGCGAAGCAGCCCGCCUCAGCGAAGAGGCCAUUCUCAGGAGCAGGAAUGAAAAUCGGAAAUGGGCGGACCGAAGAGAGGAAGGCAGACACAAACAGAACGCCACUUAG